AAUGUGCGCCAUAUUGGAUCAUGGCAAAGAUUGUCAGUUUUCCGGCAGUCAGAGCAAAGUCCGAAAUGGCAAAGAUCUUUGCCAUCGACAGUCAAGGGGUUAAUACACAUAUACCAACUUUCGAAGUCACAAUUUUCCAGGUGUCUGAAUAUUUUACGGCACCGAAGAAGUUGACCGGAACACAAAGAAAGGCUAUUAAUAGGAGACUAGCCAAAGCUAAAGCAGCGAAAGGAGAAUCUUUGUUACCGAUCCAAGAAUUUAGGAGAUUAAGAAGAGAGCGAGACGCUCUUAGCCAAAAAUUAAACGUUAUUGAAGAAGAACCUUUAAUAUUCCCACCCCUUCCCAAAGAAGUGGAAAUUAACAGGCUUAGAGAUAAGGGAAACGAUCAGAGUCCCCAUCGUCAGGGCGUGAAUCAGGGGACUUUUCAAAAUCAAAAUCGCUCAGUCAAUGUAACAGAAACCCAGAAUCUUGCGUCAGAAUUAAUACCGUAA